CCUCCCGAUAAUGUAACACACAUCGUCGCAAAUAACAACACCCAUCCCGACGUCUAGUCAUUGUGCCACUGCUCCGAAUCUUCCACUGCUCCGGACCAUAUCUCAUCACCCAUACAAACCAUUGUGUUUCAGCAGCGGAACAGUCUUCCGCGACCACAGCCAUGGACACCUCGAGAUCAGCCCUUGAAAACUCGGACCUUGACAAGCUCAACGACAAGGACAAGCUCGAGCUCCGCCAAUUCCUCGCCAACGAGCAGCAGAGAUCCCAGAUCCAAUCACAAACCCAUGCGCUCACUGAAAUCUGCUGGAAGAAGUGCGUCACUGGCUCGAUCCGCAACUCCAAAUUGGAUAAGGGCGAAGAGGGAUGUCUGGCCAACUGUGUCGACAGAUUCCUCGACGUCAACUUUUUGACGAUGAAGCACCUCAACAACAUGCGCUCUGGUUAAGAGUUUUCCUGUUGGUCAAACACAGGAUGCAUGGAACGGAGAAUAGGGGGGGAUCGGUACGCAGAGUUGCGAGCCGUCAGAGAAGAGAGCUUCACUUACGAACGUUUCUCAUGUACAAGCAGAUGUAGUAUUAUGUUGCAAAUAGAGUGGCACUCUCACGA